AUGGCAUGCACAGAGCUCUCGGAGGCACUCCAGCGGAGGCCGCCAGAGGUGAGGGAGGCUUUGCAGUCAGCCAUCGACCGCGGGCUUCUUCCUCCCAAGCCCGCAGCUUGGAGGCGGAGGCGCCUGGUGGCCGUGACGACGGCGGCAUUGGAGGCGGCAGACCUCGGCCAGGAGGCUCUGCAUUGCCCCUUCGUCCUUGUGGACGAAGCCUCACAACUCACGGAGCCGGCUGUCUUCUACGCUUUGUACAAGGCGCGUGCGGAGCAAGUGAUGCUGGUGGGGGAUCCGCGGCAACUUCCACCGAGAACACUGCACGCGCCCUUGCAGCAGUCGGCCUUGGAACGGCUCUGGAACCCAGAAGUCGCGAUCUGCCUGGAGCUUGCGACGCAGUUCAGGUGCCACCCUGCCAUCGCCAGCUUGUGCAGCCAGCUGUUCUACAACGGCGCCCUUCAGUCGGGCGUCACGGCCGAGGAGCGCACCUCGGGCCUCGGCCCGACAGCUGCGCCCUUGGCGGUGGUUCUCAGCGAAGGUCCGGAGACGCGCGUGGGCCAGUCCUUUCGGCACGACACCGAGGCGCAGUUGUGCGCCGCCUGGCUCAAGCGCGCGGCCGGCUGCGGGCGGUUGCAGCCGAAGGAUGUUGGAGCCUAG